AUGCAGACUGAUUUGAGGCAGUAUACAAUUCAGAGUGAUUUGAGGCAGUAUACAAUUCAGAUGGCUUUGACACAGGAUACAAUUUAGACUGCUUUGACACAGGAUACCAUUCAGACUGCUUUGACAAAGAUACAAUUCAGACUGCUUUGGACACAGGAUACCAUUCAGAAUGCUUUGACACCAGGAUACCAUUCAGACUGCCUUUGACACAGGAUUCCAUUCAGACUACUUUGACACAGGAUUCCAUUCAGACUGCUUGACACAGGAUACCAUUCAGACUGCUUUGACAAUGGAUACCAUUCAGACUGAUUUGACCACAGGAUACCAUUUAGACUGAUUUGACACAGGAUACCAUUCAGACUGAUUUGAGACAGGAAACCAUUCAGCUGAUUGAGACAGGAUACCAUUCAGACCUGAUUUGAGAAAGGAUACCAUUCAGCCUAUUGAGACAGGAUACCAUUCAGACCGCUUUGACACAGGAUCCAUCAGACUGCUUUGACACAGGAUACCAUUCAGACUUCUUUGACACCAGAUACCAUUCAGACUUCUUUGACAAAAGAUACCAUUCAGACUGCUUUGACAAAAGAUACCAUUCAGACUGCUUUGACAAAGGAUACCAUUCAUACUGAUUUGAGGCAGUAUACCAUUCAGACGGCUUUGACACAGGAUACCAUUCAGACUGCUUUGACACCAGAUACCAUCCAGACUUCUUUGACAAAAGAUACCAUUCAGACUGCUAUGACAAAAGAUACCAUUCAGAAUGCUUUGACAAAAGAUACCAUUCAGACUGCUUUGACACAGGAUACCAUGCAGACUGAUUUGAGGCAGUAUACAAUUCAGAGUGAUUUGAGGCAGUAUACAAUUCAGAUGGCUUUGACACAGGAUACAAUUUAGACUGCUUUGACACAGGAUACCAUUCAGACUGCUUUGACAAAGAUACAAUUCAGACUGCUUUGACACAGGAUACCAUUCAGAAUGCUUUGACACAGGAUACCAUUCAGACUGCUUUGACACAGGAUUCCAUUCAGACUACUUUGACACAGGAUUCCAUUCAGACUGCUUUGACACAGGAUACCAUUCAGACUGCUUUGACAAUGGAUACCAUUCAGACUGAUUUGACACAGGAUACCAUUUAGACUGAUUUGACACAGGAUACCAUUCAGACUGAUUUGAGACAGGAAACCAUUCAGACUGAUUUGAGACAGGAUACCAUUCAGACUGAUUUGACACAGGAUACCAUUCAGACUGCUUUGAGACAGGAUACCAUUCAGACCGCUUUGACACAGGAUACCAUUCAGACUGCUUUGACACAGGAUACCAUUCAGACUGCUUUGACACCAGAUACCAUUCAGACUUCUUUGACAAAAGAUACCAUUCAGACUGCUUUGACAAAAGAUACCAUUCAGACUGCUUUGACAAAGGAUACCAUUCAUACUGAUUUGAGGCAGUAUACCAUUCAGACGGCUUUGACACAGGAUACCAUUCAGACUGCUUUGACACCAGAUACCAUCCAGACUUCUUUGACAAAAGAUACCAUUCAGACUGCUAUGACAAAACAUACCAUUCAAACUGCUUUGACACAGGAUACCAUUCAGACUACUUUGACACAGGAUAUCAUUCAGACUGCUUUGACACAGGAUACCAUUCAGACUGCUUUGACAAAGGAUACCAUUCAGACUGAUUUGACACAGGAUACCAAUCAGACUGAUUUGACACAGGAUACCAUUCAGACUGAUUUGAGACUGGAAAACAUUCAGACUGAUUUGAGACAGGAUACAAUUCAGACGGCUUUUUACACAGGAUACAAUUCAGACUGCUUUGACACAGGAUACCAUUCAGACUUCUUUGACAAAAGAUACCAUUCAGACUGCUUUGACACAGGAUACCAUUCAGACUGCUUUUUACACAGGAUACCAUUCAGACUGCUUUGA